AUGACCUUACUGCAGAUAACAUUGGUGUACAUGUUACGUGUGGAGGUCAGUGUUGCCAUCGUGGAAAUGAUGAAUGAUAGCACAGCCAUAUCGGAGAUUGAGGAUGUCACCGGCUGGCCAGCACUUUCCAACUCUACCCUCAAACAUGAUAUCAAGAAGGACAAGGUGUAUGACUGGAGUUCAGAGACCCAGGGAUGGAUCCUCAGUGCUUUCUACUACGGUUACAUUGUCUCCCAAAUCCCAGGUGGAUACUUGGCUAUGAGGUUUGGAGGGAAGCUGGUGCUGGGGUUUGCGGUGCUUCUCAGUUCAGUUUCGACCCUUCUAGUCCCACUGGCAGCAGAGCUGGGCGCCCCCUGUGUGAUUGCACUGCGGGUUUUAGCAGGUCUGGCGGAGGGUCCAUGUUUUCCUGCCGUGCAUCAUAUAUGGUCGCAGUGGGCUCCUGCACAUGAACAGAGCAGAUUUAUCAAUUUAGCACAUUCAGGUUCUUCCUUUGGAACGGUUAUCUCGUUUGUCUUAUCUGGGUUGAUAUGUUAUCACUUGGGAUGGUCGUAUUCGUUCUACAUAUUUGGUUCAUUGGGAAUAGCUUGGUGCCUGGUGUGGUCCCAGUUGGUCAGUGAUGCACCAGAAACCCACAGGACAAUAUCUGACGCUGAGCGAGAUUACAUAAUUUCCUCAAGACUCAAACAGGCCUCGACACAACAGCAAUCCAUACCCUGGGAAUCCAUACUGAAAUCCAGUGCUGUGUGGGCGAUAAUUGCUGGUUACCUUUCUGGUAUAUUUAUUUUCUACACGUUAAUUGCAGUGUUACCAACAUACAUGCAAAACAUUUUUCAACUAACAAUUCAACAGAAUGGUUUCUUAUCGGCUCUGCAGUUGAUGCCCGGCUUCCUGUUUCAGAACAUUGCUGCAGUAAUUGCAGAUUACAUGAAGAAAACUGGAAAAUUCUCCACAGCUUUGAUUCGUAAAGGAUUUGCCUGCACAGGAAUGAUUACAGCCUCUGCCUUUCUGAUAGCUGCUGGAUAUGUGAAACAUGACUAUAAAUUGGCUGUGACACUUCUAACAAUCUGCAUAACAAUGCGGUUCAUUGGAGCAUCAGGGAUCAUGGUCAAUGAUAUGGACAUUGCACCAGAGUUUGCUGGAACUAUAUUUGGAAUCAUUAACACAUGUGGCACAUUGGCAGGGAUGGUUGGACCGGUUAUGGCUAAAACCUUAACAAGGAAUCACACACUCGAAGAAUGGCAAACCGUUUUCUUUAUCCUUGGUUCUCUUAAUAUUUUGGGUGUUUUGCUUUUCACGAUUUUUGGCAAAGGUGAGGUGCAGUCCUGGGCAAUGGAGAAAGACUGAUAAUUCCUCAAUGGCCUUUAGACUUGUGUGAAUGUGGGUUGGAUGGUGUUUGUACACUGAUCAUGUGAGCAGUGUCACUGACAAUAUCUUGUCAUAGAAUCACAGAAUAUUACAGACAGGAACCGGCUGUUUGGCCCUCAACUCUGCUGGUAUGAUUCUCCAAUGAGCCGCCUUGUCUAACUAAUCCCACUCCCCUGUUUGCUCCCCAAUACCCUUUAGUGUUCCUUCACUUCAUGAUGUAGUGAUUCAACUCCGAAUGAAAAUAAUUGUUGGACUCUGCUUCAACCAUAGUUUGUCACAGAAAAGUCCACACUCCAACUACUUUCUAUCAAAUCAAUUUAUCAUUGGCCCUUUGAUUCUUUUUGUGAUUGCCUUAAAUUUCUGUGAUUAUAAAUCAGUUUAUAUUUGUGCUUAUUGUAGCUGUGUCAGCUUUGCCAUUGCUAACAACUGUUUUACACUUUAUGGUAUUUCUUAACUGGUUUCCUUAUCGAGCAAUCAAUAAAAUCAACAAGUUGGCACAUUGGCUCAGUGAGGCAGAGUGGACAGGCAGAGGAGCCAGACAUCUGAUGUGUUCAUACCUCAGCCUUCACCGCUCAUUGUGUGUCUAUCUAUGUAUUUUCGGGUGAUUAGCUUUGCAUAGAAUUGUCAAGUUAGAUUUGUGUCAACAAUUCAUCACAAUGAUAGGAGCAAAUAUAUCGAGCAGAUUCAUUCAUCUUUUCCAACUGUAAAGCUCCUUUCAUCAGUGCAUAUUCUCUGAGUGCAGAUAAAAUUGAUUAUAACAUCACAAUUCUAUUAAAACUUUGAACACCACA